GAACGAAGAGAGUUGGAACGUUUAAGUUUCGUUUCUUUUCUCUUUUUCGCGGUAAGCGUAAAAAAAUAAAACAGAGGGAUUUUCGGUUCUAUCUAUCGGCAAAGUCGAGUCUAACGAGAUCUGUUUUCCGUUACUACCAGGCUCGCAACAAACCGGCAGAUGGAGUGGGCCACGUGAACCAGAAGGGCUCGACAGGUCAAAAAGCGCCGCUCACAGCCGGGCAGAAGGUGGCGCCUGGUGCGAAAGUUGCAGCGAAACCAGCUCAGAAACCCAGUGCUCAGAAGGGGCAAGUUAAGGUUACGCCUAAGGCAGCUUCCGUCAAGACUGGCAAGAAUAAGAAGAAGGGGCAGAGGCAGCAGUACGACCUAAUCGUAACCAUCAAUUUG